GAUAAGUUGCAUAAAAAGUAUUCUUUAUUUUUUAUUUUUUUAUUUUCCCUUAAUUUUUCAUGGACGAACUGUGGUCACCAUAGCAGUCUCUCUCUUGGAUUCCCUAUUCUGAUUGUAAUCGUCUCUCUCUUGUUCCCCUUUCGAAGACCAAUCACCUUACCAGAGUCUUAAGUGAUUCAUGCGCUUCCAACAAUUCGAGGUUUUGUUGUUGUUGACGCGUCGCAUUGGCUUUGGAGCCCGGGAUCCAAAACCUAGGACUACCUCUUUCUAUGUCCAAUAGCGCAUAACCCACACUAUUCUUUCUUUCUUAUAUCACACUCUCCUUUUUCAUUCUAUUCAGAAGCAAAAUCAGUCGGAAUAAGUUGCAUUUUAGGGUUUUCUGCAGAGUCUUCUAUGGUCGGUUUCAUUAGACGGUUCUACGUUUCAAAUGGUCAUGUGUGAACUUUAGGAGCUUGGAGGUUGUCUGGUUCGCUGAAGAUUUUGUUUAUUAAUGGAGAAUUCAGAUUUUCUCAGUGCGGCCACUGCUCCUCUUACUUGCCAUGACUUCUUGGACAGGAUGCGCCACCCUUCUGCAGCUGAUCUCGUUAAAUCCAUCAAAAGCUUCAUUGUGUCCUUUCUGAACAAUACUCCAGAUCCUGUAAAGGACAGUGUGGCGGUUCAAGAAUUCCUUAACAAUAUGGAAGGCGCUUUUAGGGCUCAUACCCUUUGGGCUGGUGCAUCAGAGGAAGAGUUGGAGAGUGCUGGUGAGGUGAGCCUUUCUGAAGGAUUGGAAAAGUAUGUCAUGACAAAACUAUUUACUCGUGCAUUUGCAUCUAUUCCAGAAGAGGUAAAGAAGGAUGAAGAACUUUCAGAAAAAAUGGCUUUAGUGCAACAGUUCAUUCGGCCUGAUAAUUUGGACAUUAAACCAAACUUCCAGAAUGAAACAUCUUGGCUGCUAGCGCAGAAAGAACUACAGAAAAUUAAUAUGUAUAAAGCUCCACGAGACAAACUUCUCUGUAUCCUCCACUGCUGCAAAGUCAUCAACAACUUGCUGUUAAAUGCAUCAAUUGCAUCAAAUGAUAACCCCCCUGGAGCUGAUGAAUUCCUCCCAGUGCUUAUCUAUGUGACAAUCAAGGCGAAUCCUCCUCAGCUGCAUUCAAAUUUGUUGUAUAUACAGCGUUACAGGCGACAAUCACGGCUUGUUUCUGAAUCCGCGUACUUCUUCACAAACUUACUUUCUGCAGAAUCCUUCAUUGCCAACCUUGAUGCAGGAUCCCUUUCAAUGGAUGAAACUGAGUUCGAAAUGAACAUGGAAUCAGCACGAUUAAUUCUAACUGGCCUAUCCAACAGUUUUGAAACACCAACUACUCCUGAACCCAAACCACACUCUCAAAAGCCAACAAGAACUUAUUCUAAUUAUGUACAAUCCCCACAAGGCCAACAUUUGCAUCCACUAAAACAGGUCAAGGAGGUGGGUAAAGAAGUAGUUCUGAAACCAAAUGGAGUAUCUGUUCUGGAUUUGGAAAAGCAAGGGGCUUCUAACCUUCUAAAGGAAGAACAAAUCAGUGGGUUUUUUCGGGAGUUCCCAUUCUUAUACUCAGAAGCCGGCGAUUUAACGAUGGAGGAUGUGGAAGCACUCCUCAAUGAAUAUAAAAGGCUUGCUCUCAAGUAUGUAUCUCUUUGUCAUGUCAUAGGACAGAAGGAUACUAAUAGUGAGAGUAAGGGAUUUGAGCACCCUAGUGAAUCAGGGAGGAUUGAGGUUGAGAGCGAGAAUCAGGAUGAGCUUAAUAGAACAAAUAGCAUUGUCGCUAUUGAUAUGGCGAAUGGUGAAUCAAAGCAACCUUUGGAGGAAUCAGUUUCAGAGAGUCCCGCGUGUGGAUGAGAGGUGGGGCUCCUUGCAUUUACCUGUGUAUCAUUUGAUUGAUUCAUGUUAUGCAACACCAUGAAGUAACACUUGCAUGACAUUGAUGAAUCUAAUCAACUAAAUACGAAAGAGAGUUUUUUCACAUGCUUGUAACUGUUCCUGCACUUGAGCUUGUUGGCAUGUAUGAAGGGCCUGAGGGCGAUGAUUUGUGGAGAGAGAGGAGACUCUCACAUGUAAGAGUUUUUCACAUGUUUGCAACUGUUCCUGCACUUGAGCUUGUUGGCAUGUAUGAAGGGUCUGAGGGCGAUGAUUUGUGGAGACAGAAGAGACUUUUCACAUGUAAGAGAGAGACAGACUUUUCACGUGUUUGAAUGUGAAAAAACAUGUUUUCACUUGUUCGCAGCUGUUCCUGCUCUUGAGCUUGCUGGCAUAUACGAAGGGUCUGAGCGUGAUGAUUUGGGCGUCCAAAUUGGAUUUGGUGUAGUUGUGAUAACCUUGUUUUCUCGUGUUUUAUAUAUUUUUGAUUUUGCAGGAAUGAGCUAUCAAUGAAAGUUGGACAGUACAUGUGCGUUUUACUGUAAAAUACUGACUCGAGAAUGCUUUUCUUUGAAAUCCUCGCCCUAACAAACGUGGGGUAGAUCGUAUGUGAAGAUUUUCUUGA